AUGGAGAAGGAGAGCCAUGAGGAGAACAACAACAACCACACUAUCUCAGGAGAUUUCAUGGCGAAACGGAAACGAGGUCGCCCGAGGAAACACCUGAAGCUUGACUCUAUCGAGCAGCCUCUUGGUCCUCCUCAAGGGUUUAGCCGGAGUCAGCAACAGCAGCAGCGUCGUCAGAGGGAAGACGACGAAGCUCUGGUUGGACAACCGGUUAGUGGCACAAUCGAGGCAACGUUCGAAGCCGGGUUCUUGCUUUCGGUUAAGAUUGGGGAUUCAGAUAGCAUGCUUAGAGGCGUGGUUUUCAAGCCUGGCCGCUGCGAUCCCGUAUCGGUUGAUAACGACGUUGCUCCUGAAGUUCCGAUGAUCAGAAGGAACGGCGACGGGUCAGCGAAAGGAGGUCGGAAAUCAAGGUUCCGUGAGAAGCGCGGUGGUGCUGGCGGUAGAAGCAGAGCAUUGGCUCCUGUUCCGAUUCAGCCGGCUCCUCCUCAUCCGACGAUACCGAAGCAUCUUUUGGUUCCGGCGAGUCUACAGAAUGGCACAGGGCGGGCUAUGGUCCACCACGGUCAUAUGCAGGCGACGGAGACCGAGUCUCAGGUGAGUGGAGCUAGUAACGGGAAGCCAUUUGAGACGCUGCUUACACAAGUGAUGAAGAAAGGUCAAGCGCAUCACACGACACACUUCACUGAAGCAGCAGAGUCAGAGGAGCAGGCUCUGUCUAUUGAGCCGUUGCAGGCGAUACACCCGGUCCAUCCAGUACAUAUGCCCAAACCUAUGCCGAGUUAUGGUCGAGGCAAGAUGACUGAACUUCUUCAGGCCGUGCAGGAGAAUGUGAGAGAGACCCAUUUUUCUCAAGGACAAUGA